AUGAUGUCUGUAGUAGCGCGUCUCUUUGUUUUCUUGUCGGCCUUUUGUGCCAUGAUGGCCUCUGCCCAUUUGAAUGUCCGCCGCCUGAUCAAUGAGGAUGUGGACGUGAGUUGGUGGAGUGUGGAUAUCAUGGGAUGCCCCUGUGGCUGUGUGAACGAUGCCGGAGUCCAAGGGUCUUGGAUCAUGGAGUUUGUGGAUUCUGAUUUUGACUUUCAUUGUGUCACCAUGGAGGAACCUCUGUGGGAACCAGAAGAUCACCUCGAGCACAUUUUUGAUUGCAUUGAUGAUAUUGACACCCCCUCUGGCUUUUUGGCGCAAGGCUAUUCUUGCAGUGCUUGA